AUGUCCUGGGAUGUCCCCCUCCUGGGUGUUGUGCCCGAUGAGUCGUACCUCGCACGACCGUCGUUGAUCGAUCUGGAAAAGAUCUUCAAGACGAAGCUCUUGGCGGGGUUCGAGAACAGGAGACAACCUCACUACAGCAUCAAGCACACGCAUCUAGCGGCCACUGACCUGCACGUUUUCCUCGAGAAGCUGGAAUGUGCCCCACCAAACCCUUUGGUGGUGACUCACUGUACCAGGGACGACAUCGUGCUCGGGUUUCUGGCUCACGCACGAAACUCCAAAGAGCGUGGGCACAGCUUUGGCGGGGCCAUGGUGCUGACGGGUCUAGAUCUCCGACCGAUGGACUACGUGGAGGAACUCCUUAAGAUUCACGACAUCCCGGUCAUCGUCAGCAACCUCUCUACUUUUGACACCAUGGAUCGGAUACGAAGCUACACACCGAAGCUUCACAAGGAGGAUGAAGUACGAGUGCGGCUUGCCGUCUCUCACUACGAGCCGCACAUCGACUUCGACACCUUGCUGCGGCCCACCGACAAUAGUAGCUAG